AUGGCGUUGUAUCCACAGGCACCACUGCCGCGGAUGACGCCCGUGUGCUGGGACGUCAACGUGGUGCUGAACUUCCAAGGGCGGCGACUGCUCAUACAUGCCGUAGAAGACAUUCCACAGUAUACCGGACUUGAGGAUCUGCGAUACAACGACGCCCUGGAUCCAUUCUCUCAAACACGAGAGGAACGUCGCGCUGAUUUCGAGAAGCGCUACGGGUAUCCGUGUGCAUGUCGCCGAUGCACACCUGAAUACGACGCCGAGAUUAACCCAUUACGCUGCGUGACACCGGGGUGCAUGAACCCGAUUCCCAGCGACAGCCGUGCACAUCAGCCCUGCUCCGAAUGCGGGGCCAUCAGCAACGCCCGGCUAGCGCAGUUUAGUCAGUUCAUCCGGCAGCUUCAUCCAAAUUAUUCUAACAUUUGA